CUUAUUAUAUUUAUAGACGCAUUUAUUUAUUUUAUUUUAUUUUUUAUUUAAAUUACUAUGUCUAGCACGAAUCCACCUAAAACUAGAAGAAUUGCAGUACUUGGUGCUCGUGCUGUUGGUAAAUCUUCUCUUGUAAUUCAAUUCUGUGAGAAUCACUUUGUUGAUAGUUAUUAUCCCACCAUUGAAAACACAUUUACAAAAACUAUUAAAUAUCGAGGAAAUGAAUAUAGUGUAGAAAUUAUGGAUACAGCGGGUCAAGAUGAAUAUUCAAUCUUGUCUUCUCAUCAUGCUUCUAGCAUGAAUGGUUAUGUCCUUGUUUAUUCAAUUGCUUCUCGAUCUAGUUUCGAUAUGGUCAAGAUCAUUAGAGAUAAAAUUUUGGACUUUACUGGUUUGGAAAAUGUACCAUGUGUUAUUGUGGGAAAUAAAUCUGAUUUAAAUAUUCAAAGACAAGUGUCAAUGGAAGAAGGAAAACAAUUAGGUCAACAAUGGCAAUGUCCAACUAUUGAAACCUCUGCUAAACAUGAUGAAAAUGUUUCUAAAAUCUUUGACUUGCUUAUUGCUCAAAUUGAAAAUGCCAAUAAACCUCCAGCAGAAGAAAAGGGCGGGUGUAUAAUUUCAUAAAUAGAAAUUGAUAUAAUGAAUGAAGAUAGAAAAUGUGGUACAUUAUCUUCUAGCCACAUUUUAUUUUCCAUGUUUAAAAUAAUUAUAGUAAAAGAAAAAAAAAAGCAAUAAAUGAAAGAAGAACAAAUAGUAUAUUUCCAUAUUUUU